AAUUAUCAAUUGCACCACAUCGAAUUCAACAAAAACAAGCCUAAACCCGAAGGCAAGAUACAUUCCAGUCCUUCCCUCAAGAGAGAAGACUCUCUAUUUCUCUGCUUCUCUCUCUCUCUCUCUCUCUCCUGAUUUCAGAACUGAAGUCAAUUCGCCGCUCAUACUUCUGUUCUUCGACUACUCGCCACCAUCAAAAACUGCCAUCGGAUCAUUCUAUAGAUUUUGAAACCCUAGCCCCAACCUGAACUGCUCGAGGACGAGGAGAAGAGAGUCUUCCUCCCUUUCGCCAUGGUGAGAUCGAGAGAUCGAUCCCAGCUGUUUCUUCUCCUCCUCUCCGCCAUGAUUUUCGCCUCUAUGGCUAUAGAGGACGAUGUGAAGUGCCUUACUGGCGUCAAGAAUUCGCUCAGUGAUCCUCAAGGAAAGCUCAGUUCUUGGAUUUUUUCCAAUAACUCGGUCGGUUUCCUUUGCAAGUUCGUCGGCGUCUCGUGCUGGAACGAGAGGGAGAAUCGUCUCAUCCGACUCGACCUCCCUACAAUGAAUCUCGCCGGGCAGAUCCCCGAUUCUUUGCAGUACUGUCAGAGCCUCCAGGGUCUCGAUCUCUCCGGUAACAAACUUUCUGGUCAGAUCCCUUCUCAAAUUUGCACCUGGAUGCCCUACCUCGUUACCCUAGAUCUCUCCAACAACGACUUCUCUGGUCCGAUCCCUCCUGAGCUCGUCGAUUGCAAGUUUCUCAAUAGUCUUAAUCUUGCCAACAAUCGUCUCUCCGGUUCAAUCCCUUAUGAGCUCUCCCGUCUUACUCGUCUCAAGAAGUUCUCGGUUGCUAAUAACCGUCUCUCCGGUACGAUUCCCUCCUUCUUUUCCGAUUUCGAUGCCGUUGGCUUCGACGGCAACAACGGGCUCUGCGGUAGGCCUCUUGGGUCCAACUGUGGUGGUUUGAGCAAGAAAAAUCUCAUCAUUAUCAUUGCUGCUGGCAUUUUUGGUGCCACUGUCUCUUUGCUGCUGGGUUUCGCACUUUGGUGGUGGUGCUUUGUUAGGUCAAGUCGUCGCCUUCGCAGGAGGAAGUAUGGGACUGGAAAAUAUGAAGAUAGCAGUUGGGUGGAGCGCUUGAGGGCUCACAAGUUUGCUCAGGUUUCGUUGUUCCAGAAACCCCUUGUGAAGGUCAAGUUGGCGGAUUUAAUGGCAGCUACCAAUAAUUUUGAUCCAGAAAACAUUAUCAUCUCCACAAGAACUGGUAUUUCCUAUAAGGCAGUUCUGUCGGAUGGGUCGGCCCUUGCCAUUAAGCGUCUCAACACUUGUAAGCUCACUGAGAAGCAAUUCCGCUCUGAGAUGAACAGAUUAGGGCAGCUUAGGCACCCGAAUUUGGUACCCCUUCUGGGUUUCUGCGUAGUAGAAGAUGAGAGACUUUUAGUUUAUAAACACAUGCCUAACGGAACUCUGUAUUCUCUGUUGCACGGUUCUGCCAUUACAAACACUGAGCACAAUUCGUUGGAUUGGCGAACGAGGCUUAAGAUUGGCAAGGGUGUGGCGAGGGGCCUCGCUUGGCUUCAUCACGGCUGCCAACCCCCUUUCCUGCACCAGAACAUAAGUUCCAAUGUAAUUCUCCUUGACGAAGACUUCGAUGCUCGGAUUACUGAUUUCGGACUCGCAAGGCUCAUGAGUUCUGCUGAUUCUAACGAUAGUUCUUUCGUCCAUGGGGAUUUCGGAGAGUUUGGUUAUGUGGCUCCCGAGUACUCGAGCACCAUGGUUGCCUCACUGAAAGGAGACGUUUAUGGGUUGGGCAUAGUGCUUCUGGAGUUGGUGACUGGACAAAAGCCACUUGAAGUAAGUAAAGCUGAGGAAGGGUUCAAGGGCAAUCUUGUAGAUUGGGUCAAUCUGCUUAUAGGUUCUGGUCGAAUCAAGGAUGCCAUUGACAGGUCUCUCUUUGGAAGGGGCUACGACGAUGAAAUUCUGCAGUUUCUGAGGGUUGCAUGUGGUUGUGUGGUUUCUAGGCCCAAGGACAGAUCUUCUAUGUACCAGGUUUACCAGUCCUUGAAGAACAUUGGUGAAGGCCCGGAUAGUUCAGAACAGUUUGAUGAAUUUCCACUUAUCUAUGGUAAACAAGAUCCAGACCAUCAGGAUUAACUUUGAGGGUGAAUCUAUGAGAUGCUUGGAAAAGAAUUUCAGGUUUUGAAGAUUUGCAGUCUUACAGCAUCAAAGCAUCAUCUUAUUACUAGGUUGUGCAGCCUUAUUGAGUAAAUGGUAUGAUUUUCAAUUCACUAGGCUUUUCCUGUUACCAUCCCCAUUUGUUGGAUUAAGUUGUAUAAUACAAGAAAUUCCGUGGACUGUAUCUUUCCCAUCCCUGGAGAACCCCUUUCUCUCAUUCUAGCAAAGGAACUUAUUAAGGACUUUGAUGAUUGAAAAAUGUACCUGCUAGAAUUUUUAGAGAUCCAUGUUGGAGAUUAUUCCAGGAAUUUUUAUGCAUUUCCAUGUUGAUAUAUUUUUUUUCUUUUGCUUAAGGGAAGCUUAUUUAUCAUGCAACAUAAUCUCGAUUUAACGUGAUUAUC